AUGGCAGCAAAAGAGAAGGAAUUAUGUUAUGAUAUCAAUUUGAAUCGACAGAAUGGUUGCAAGAGGUCACCGGAUUACGCUUGGGGCUGCGGGUGCUGGAGACGGAGCAGCGGGUGGCGGCUGGGGAUCGGGCGGCGGCUGGCUGGGGACCGGGUGGCGGCUGGGGGGAGGGCUGGUGUACCCCACCGGGGGGGUACGGGCAGGACAGGUAAGGGUGGGGUGGGGGUCUGCACAACCGGGGGGGGGAGGGGAGGGACCGGCUUAGAACCGGCGGUCGGCGCCGGAGGGUGGCGGGGAGCUGCGACGGGGUCGGCGCCGCGGACCGGAGGUCGGUGCCGGCGGUGGAGUCGGGUCAGCGCCAAAGGGCAGCGGCGGCGCCGGGGACCGGGGACAGGUGCGGGAGAGAGGGAGAGAGAGUCGGCGCCAGAGGUCGGCGCCGGGGCCGGAGGUCGGGCUCGGAGGUUGGGUCGGGUCGGCGCCGACGGUCGGCAACGGCGACGGGGGCCGGUGACCGGAGCUAGCGAGAGAGGGGGUAGGGAGGAAGAGAGAGAGCCGUUAGAGAGAGAUGAGAGCCGUUAG